AUGUCCAAGUCAAGCCACACACCAAUCCAUCUCAAUCUGAAUGUCUCUAGUGACAUACCAUCAGCAUCAUCCAGCUAUGUUCUGGGUGACUCUGGCAGUGGUAUCACAGAUUUGUAUGACAUGGUUGACGCUAUUGGCUCAAUGACCAUCAAUGAUGUUGAUGAUGUUGAAGCCAACCUCAUCAUGGACCUUGCAAGGGCCCGACAUGAUGUAUUCGAUGCAGAGAAAACACUUGCCAAUUGUAUCAUCCAAGAACAUGAAGUCAUGAUGACUCUUUCAAAACACAAGUCUGCCAUCUCUAAGUGCAAGCUCAACAAGGCAGAUGUAGGAUUGGGUCAUAUGCACAUCACAUUCAGGAAACACAGUCUUUCUCACCACCCAGCACCACACAAUUUUCAUGACUCAUUCACAUCCUGCCAUCAGGUUGCCAUCCAGUUGGACUAA